AUGUAAUAAAUUAAAGAUCUUCUUGUUCAUAAAAAUGUAGUACCUAUUUAUAUACAAAAUAAAUUAAUGAAAGAAUUAGAUUUCUAAAUUAAAGGUUUUGAAAAUAAAAAUAAAAUUUCAUAAUCCCCAAAAAAAAGUAGAAAUUGUCGAGUUAAAACUCUUGAUUAAAGUUCCUAAUAUGUAAAAUUAGAAAGAAGUGUACGUAAAAGUUAUAAUAAGGAUUAAAAUUGUUUAAGAUGUCAAAAAUUCAAUUUUCAGAAUAAAAUCAUAAUCUAAUGUAUUACUGGUCAACACAUAUAUGUUUCAUGA